UUUGUCACGUAUGUUAUUUGAUUAACUUGUGUAUUAUUAUUAUUAUUAGUACUUUCAAUAGUAUUAUAAAGAUAUACUAACGUGUGUUGAGUGCCACUCUGUCGCUGUCCAACGAGAUCGAGCUAUACCUGAAAUGGCAGAGGUUAGUGUUCCCGCGUCUUCUCGCGAGACUUCACUGACAGACGGUAAGAAUUUAAAGCAAGCUUGCUGUGAGAAGGUUUGCUGUGAGUUUGUUUUUGCAAAGACGUAACAUCGCAGUUUUUCCCCGCAAAAACUACAUUCCUGUCGCUCGGAUGCAUUUUAAUCAGACGCCAUGAAAGAAGUUGAUGUGAUUGUGUAUUUUUGUUGUCGUCUUUUCGUGUGUCGAUCUGGAGCAUCGACAGUUUUCUUCCAUAAAAGUCGACUGCACGAAUCUGCUUUCAUUUUUGGUUGAUUAUAUCAGUUAGUACAUCCACUUUGUGUCACUAAUUCACACAUCUUUUGAGAAACAACCCCGGGAAAGUUACCGGGAAUGCGGUCCGUGACAUCAGGGCGGUGUUCCCUCCUCUUCGGCCCAAUAAUGGAUGGACGUGGAUGUAACACCAUGCGAAUGAUCCAGAGGACACCCUGGGACUUUUAAAUGUAUCAAGAGGCGGGCUAGAGACACAUAGACCCCUCCUCAGUACCGGUUGUGCUCAGUGACAUGGAUAAACUGACCGUGAUAUCAGGAUGUCUCUUCCUCGCUGCACAAGUCUUCGCCAUCGCCAGCAUCGCCAACCCAGACUGGAUCAGCACCGGAGAGCCCGCCGGCUCUCUAAGUCUAGGUCUGGUCCGACAGUGCCAGACCAUUCAUGGCCGAGAUCGAACCUGCAUCCCCCCUCAAAUGCCUCCAGAGUGGGUCACCACACUCUUCUUCAUCAUCCUGGGUGUCCUCUCACUGUCCGUCACUUGCUGUCUGCUGGUCAUAUCCCAUUGGCGCCGCGAGGUCAUCCGAUAUGCCCGCUGGAUCGCCUUCACUGGGUUAGUCCUGUUCUGUAUGGCCGCUCUCAUUUUCCCAAUCGGCUUCUAUGCCAGUGAGGUUGGAGGAGAGCCAUACAAGCUGCCCAACAACACCGGCGUGGGCUCCUCCUAUGUGCUCUUUGUUCUGUCCAUCUUUUUCACCAUCGUGGGCCUGCUGUUCGCUGGGAAGGUGUGCUUACCCGGCUGACACCUACUCUCCUCAGAGGAACUCUCCAGUGGAGGCUCUUUUUUUUUUUUUGGAAGAACAUGAAAGAGAGUGGAACAGGAGCUACAUCCGUCCAUGUGUUUGUUCAGUGGGAGUGAUGGGACCGCACACGCGCAGAGGAAUUUUAAAGGAAGUGAUGGAAAUGGAUUGAAGCAAGGACUUUGACUAGAGCCCUGCCAGAUUAUCAGUCAUUGUAAGGAAGAAUGACAGAUAACCUCUCUCACCCUGUUAACUCAAAAUAAUUGUAAAGCCCCGAUGGAUGAUGGCGGUCAUGACCGGACUGCAGUACAGUUUGUAAUAUAUUCAUUCAGUGACAUGUCACUUUCUUUUUGUAUUCAUUUUCAUUUUAUUAUGAAAAGGUCUAAUAUAUUUAAAGCAUAUCUCAACUGCCUCAAGGAGUUGCCCACCUUAAAAUACAGUUAGGCCCAUAUAUAUUUGGACACUGACAAAAGUUUUGUUUUUUUACCUGUCUAAUGAAACCUAUUCCAAUUAUAGUUAUAUAAUGGAUAUGGACAUAAAGUGCAGACUCUCAGCUUUCAUUUGAGGGUAUCCACAAUCAAAUCAGAUGAAGAGUUUCAGCUACUGUACUUAACAUGUGCCACCCCAUUUUAAAAGGGACCAAAAGUAACUGGACAAUUGACUCAAAGGCCAUUUCAUGUGGUGCUUCCAUUUGGAAGAUGUGAAAACAACAUGCAGUGUUUAUGGAUGAUGUGACAUCGGACACAACCAGCCGGAUACAUUUUGAGGUGUUCAGCGGCAUACUGUCUCAAAUCCAGCCAAACGGAUUGGGCGGUGUUUCAUACUACAGAUGGACAAUGACCCAAAACAUACUGCCAAAGAAACCUAGGACUUUGUGAAAACAAAAAAGUGGAAUAUUCUUGAAUGUCAAGUCAGUCACCUGAUCUCAACCAAAUUGAGCGUACAUUUCACCUUUUAAAGACUAAACUUCAGAAAGAAAGGCCCACACACAAACAGCAAGUACAAACGGCUGCUGUACAGGCCUGGCAGAUCAUUAAAAGAGGAGGAAACUCAGCAUCUGGUGACGACUUCAGAUAGUCAUUGCCAGCAAACGGUUUUCAACCAACUAUUAGAAAUUGACAUUUUACUCUUAUAUUUGUCCAAUUACUCUUGAUCCCCAGAAAUGGAGUUGUGUUGAAAAAAAUUCUUUAGUUCCUCACAUUUUUAUGCAAUCUUUUUGUUCAGCCAACUGAAUUUAAGCUGAAAGUCUGCACUUUAACCACAUCUGAAUUGAUUCAUUCAAAAUUCACUGUGGUAUACAGAACCAAGGGGCCGCACGGUCUGGUCUAGUGGUUAGCACGUUGGCCAAUACAGGAACAGCCUGGAAGACCAGAGUUCGAUUCUCCCCUGGGCAUUUCUGUGUGGAGUUUGCAUGUUCUCCCCGUGUGCGCGUGGGUUUUCUCCGGCUUCCUCCCACAUUCCAAAAACAUGCAGGUAAGGUUAAUUGGCGACUCUAAGUGUGAAUGACUGUUAGUGUGAAUGGUUGUUUGUCUAUAUGUGCCCUACGAUUGGCUGGCGACCAGUCCAGGGUGUACCCCGCCUGUUGCCCGAAGUCAGCUGAAAUAGGCUCCAGCAUGCCCCCGCGACCCUAAUGAGGAUGAAGCGGUAUAGAAAAUGGAUGGAUACAGAACCAAGAUUAGAAAAAACUUUUUCUGUCCAAAUAUUUAUGGACCUAGCGGUAUGUGCGUUUAUUUAUUUACGUUCUGUUGUCUGGCUUGUUCUGUUGGCUUUAUUAAUAAAGACUGUAAGUGUUUGUUCCAAGCUUUUGCCUCAGCUCCUGCUUCCGGGGGUCCAAACAUUUACAAAAACCUUCAUUCAUCAUUUUAAGUUCCUUUUAAUGUAAUGAGAACCCAAAACAAGUGUUACACCAGUAGGCUGUAUCUGCAAUAAGGAAGAGCAUCAUCACUUCCUUCUUUCAUUUGGAAGGUUGCCAUGGUAACACCAUAGGAGGUGUUACUAGUAUGACUUUCUAGUCAAGGACCUGCAGCAGAAUGUCGACGUCUUACUCCGCAGACAAGAGUGUUGCUCUUUAAAGUUUCAUGUGUCCGAAGUGCUGCCUGGGGGCAAAUUGCUGCCUGCAGGUCGAUUUUUUUAUUGUCUCCAAGGGAAUAUUGUAUGCUAUACAUAAAAUUAAACAUUUUGAAGGAGGUUAGGAGUCACAUUGAAAAGAGCAAAAGUUGAAAAAUUUACAUUUGAGCGAGCUAACACACUAACGAUAACGAUUUAAAAAUAUUUAACAGAUUAGCACAGUGGUGUCCAAAUUGCUGCCCGGGAGCCAUUUCCUGCCUGUAGCUUGUUUUUUAUUGAACGGUGGCAUUUUUUUUUUAAUGAUGAUUGUGCUUUUCUAUUUUAUGUAUAGCACUUAUGAUGUACAAUUUAAAUUUGUUAUAUGUAUUGUACUGUAUUAUUCUGUCAAAAAUAAAAUGAUGUAAUUUUUUAAAAAUUAAAAUAAAA